GUCAAAAUCGUUGUCAACAUCGCAAAACCAUGUGCGCGGUUCCGAUCAGGCCUGCGUGGAGCUAUUCUUUUCUCUAAAUUUUCACUGUAAUUUAACCAAUUAAACAAGCAAGUGUUUUGUUAGAACAUUAUUUCAUACUCCCAGUGCACGCAUCGUGUUAGUGUAAUCGUGUAACAAAGGAAACGCAACAGCACCACCAGCAACGAUGACGAUCGUUAAUCUCGAUCCCACUAACCUUGAGUUUUCCGUGUUUACCGCGGAAGAUAUACGGAAGAUUAGCGUGCUGAAGGUAACACAGCCCAAAUCGUUCGAUGAGAUGGGCAACACGAUCCGGGGCGGUCUGUACGAUCCGGCCCUCGGGCCCAGCGGGCACGGCGAGAUCUGUACCACGUGCGCACGGGACAUCAGCAUGUGCGAGGGACACUUCGGGCACAUCGAGCUGGAUGUGGUCGUGUACAAUCCGUUCUUCUUGCGGCCGGUCUUCAAUCUGCUGCACAUCAGCUGCCAGUCCUGUGCACGGUUGCAGAUAAGCGAUGGUGCGAAGUCGUUGCUCGAGCUGCAGUUGCGGCUGGCCGAUGCCGGGUACAUUGUGGAGGCGGAAGAAAUCGAUGCGUACAAGACGCGGCUGCAAGCAAACGCGACGGAAUCGAUUCCGGAGAGCGUGACGUACUACGAAGAUCUGCUGCGUCGCGAACCGUACAACAAGCUGGGCGAUACGAAGCUGUCCACCUCGAUCCGUACCGCGAUCGUAAACAGUACGUUCCGGGUGGCGCAGAAAAAGUGCAUGCACUGUUCGCAGCUGUUGCAGAGUGUACGCAUCACCGAGGGCAAGAUUGCGAUACGCUGGACGCAGAUGGAAAAGAAGAAGUUUUUUGAGGAAAAGGGCAACAGUAACCCAACCGAGCAGCAAAUCAAAUCUGCAUCCGUGGUGGUACUUGCUCGCGAGAGUCAGCUAUUUCUGCGGAAGCUCUACGAGUCAGACGGUACGCUGUUGGACCUGCUCCUUCCUGUGCUGGCCACGCACAAGCCGCCGGGCUCGGCUGGUUCUGCCGCACCCUACCAUCCAACCGACAUCUUCUUCAUGGAAGUCGUCCCCGUGCCACCGGUGAAAACGCGGCCCGUGGUUCGUCGCGUACGCGAACGUGCCGCGGUCGUUGAACACGCGCAGUCCGUGCUGCUGCGGAACAUUCUCAUUGCGAACUCGACCGUGCGUGCCGUGCUGAUCGCUGGCGAAGGAACCAUGCCGCCGGACAUGUCGGAAGCGUUGUUCAAACAGAUGAGGUCCAUCUGCCAGUACGCGAAGGGCGAUACGGUGACCGAGAAGAUUUACCACGCAUGGUUCCAGCUGCAGACGAACGUCGAUCAGAUGAUGGAUGUGGAGAAGGUGGGCGGCGGCAGGCAGGUGAUAUCGAAGGGAUUGAAGCAGCUGAUCGAAAAGAAAGCCGGCCUGAUACGUAUGAAUAUGAUGGGCAAGCGGGUGAAUCAUGCCGCCCGUACGGUCAUCACGCCCGAUCCGUACAUCGGCGUGGAGGAGAUCGGCAUUCCGAUACGUUUCGCCAAGAAGCUUACCUACCCCGUGCCCGUCACGCCCUGGAACGUGUCCGAGCUGCGCCAGUGGGUUUUGAACGGGCCGCACGUGUACCCGGGCGCAAACAUGAUCGAAGAUUCGAACGGACGCGUGAACCAAAUCUCACCCACCAACGUGACGCAGCGCCAAUCGAUGGCGAAAACACUGCUCACCCCGCAGGUGGCCGGCGCGGAAGCAAAUGGAGGUGAUUCGAUUAAGAUCGUGCAUCGCCACCUGCAGAACGGAGACAUCCUGCUGCUUAACCGGCAGCCCACCCUCCAUCGGCCGAGCAUUAUGGCGCAUCGGGCCAAAAUUCUGGGCAAGGAAAAGAUUUUCCGUCUCCACUACUCCAACUGCAAGUCGUACAAUGCCGAUUUCGACGGGGACGAAAUGAACGCCCAUUUGCCGCAGAACGAGGUGGCGCGGGCGGAAGCGUGCGGGUUCGUGGCGGUUCCCUACCAAUACCUGGUCCCGAAGGACGGUACACCGCUCGGCGGUUUGAUUCAGGAUCACAUCGUGUCCGCCGUGAAGCUGUUCAUUCGUGGCAAGUUUUUCAACCGAGACGACUAUCAGCAGCUGGUGUUUCAGGCGCUCAGUAACAAGCGGGGCAACAUCGAUCUACUGCCUCCCUCGAUCCUGAAACCGGUGAAGCUGUGGUCGGGAAAGCAAGUCAUUUCGACCAUCAUCAAGAACAGCACGCCGAAGGGAAUGCCCUACAUCAACAUGGUUGGCAAGGCGAAGCUGAACAACAAGCAUUGGUGCGUACUGCUGGCCCGCGAAUGGCAGUACGGUGGCACGCCGCUCAAGGAAACCGAACUGUCCGAAUCGGAGGUACUCAUCCGCCAGGGUGAACUGCUGUGCGGCAUCCUCGACAAGAAUCACUUUGGUGCCACACCUUACGGUCUCAUUCACUGCAUGUACGAACUGUACGGCGGUGUGUGCUCCACCACACUGCUCUCGUCCCUGUCCCGGCUCUUCACCUACUACCUCCAGUGGGAGGGCUUUACGCUCGGCGUACGGGACAUUUUGGUGCGCGCCAAGGCGGACAAGAAACGUGCGAAAAUUAUACGCGAAUGUCGCGAAAAAGCUGGCCACGAAGCAACCGCCGCAGCGCUCGAGCUGCCGCCGACCGUUUCGCGCGAACUGCUCACCAAACGGAUGCGGGAAGCGUACGCGAAAAAUCCAAAGUUCCGCGCCAUACUCGAUCGCAAGUACAAAAUGGCGCUCGAUACGUACACGAACCGGAUUAAUAAUGCCUGUCUGCCGGAAGGUCUGAUCAGCAAGUUCCCGGAGAACAACCUUCAGCUGAUGGUACAGUCCGGUGCGAAAGGUUCGACCGUUAACACGAUGCAAAUUUCCUGCCUGCUCGGACAGAUCGAGCUGGAAGGCAAGCGGCCACCGCUGAUGCUGUCCGGUCGCGCGCUGCCUAGCUUUGCCGACUUUGACACCUCACCGAAAGCGGGUGGAUUCAUCGACGGACGCUUCAUGACCGGUAUACAGCCGCAGGACUUUUUCUUCCACUGCAUGGCCGGCCGGGAAGGUUUGAUCGAUACCGCCGUCAAGACCAGUCGGUCCGGCUAUCUGCAGCGCUGCUUGGUGAAGCAUCUCGAGGGUCUGUCGGUGCAGUACGACAUGACGGUGCGCGAUAGCGAUGGCAGCGUGAUCCAGUUUCUGUACGGCGAGGAUGGCAUGGACAUUGCGAAAACCCAGUUCAUCGGGAACAGCAAGCAGACGCGCUUCCUCGACAUGAACCGUGACGUGAUCGUGCAGAAGGAUGUGCUGCAGCGGCUGAAGUCGUCCAACGACCACGACCCGGUAAACGAAGCACUGCGGAAACACAUCAAGAAAAUGAAACGCUGGACGAGGCAGAACGGCGACAGUGUGGCAUCGCGAAAGGUGCGAUCGUCACCCUUUGCACUGUUUUCCGCCGAAAAGGCGGAACAGCUACGUACCGAGCUUCCCAAACCGGACAAGCUGAAAGGUUCGGGCCGUACCAAGCUGACGGAAAAGUUGCUCAAACAGUGGAGCAAGCUGCCGGCGGCCGAAAAGCGUGAGUACGCGAAACGGGUGCCCCGCUGUCCCGAUCCGGUCGGGGCCAUAUUUUCACCCGAUUCGCAUUUCGGUGUGCUGUCGGAGAAGUUGGAUGCGUUGGUGCAGGAGUACAAGCGUACCGUCACACCCCUGCACGACAUCGAUGAGCUGAUGCAGGUCAAGGGUAGCAGUUCGCUGGCGGCGCCAGGUGAACCGGUCGGCGUGCUGGCAGCUCAAUCGAUCGGUGAACCAUCGACGCAAAUGACGCUCAACACGUUCCACUUUGCCGGGCGGGGUGAGAUGAACGUUACGCUCGGUAUUCCCCGUUUGCGUGAAAUUUUACUCUUUGCCGGUUCGGCCAUUAAAACACCGACGAUGGAAAUACCGUUUUUGCCGCACCGGAAGCCGGAACGGUUGAAGGCGAUCGCGGAGACGCUGCGCAAAUCGCUCAAUCGUGUUACGGUGGCGGACGUGCUGGAAAAUAUUCAUGUCAAAUCGAAGCUGGUGCUGAUACCGUCGCGCAGCAUGGUUUACACGAUCCGGUUCAACUUUUUGCCGCCGGAUGCGUACGAUUUGGAUUACUGUGUUACGCCGGCCGCCAUCAUACGCCACAUGUCGCGCAAAUUCUUCAAGGAAAUGUUUGCCGCGAUCAAGCGAGCGGAAGCAACCAAGAACGUGCUAAUCGACACGGAGACGGGAGAAAAGAAGACGCGCCGCCGAGGAGAAGCGUCGAAUGAAGAUGAGCAAAUCGAUGAGGAGGAACCAUCGCACCGGCGUAAAGGUAGGAAGGAAGCCAACUCGGACAGCGAGAGCGAUUCGGACGGCGAAGGUCUGCCGGGAGCGGAUGCGGAUGCGUCGGAAGCAAAAAUUAAAGGUAAAACCAUCGACGACAUUGGUUACGAUGAUGAGAACGAGAACGACGAGAGCAGCUCCUCCUCCGAUUCGGGUGAGGCAAGUGAGGCGGACGAUCCGGCGGAACAGGGUGCAGAAUCGUCCCACAGGAGCAAACCUUCCUCGACGGAAGAUGCCCCCCAGGGGCUGGACGAAGCGUUGAUUGAGGAGUACGAAAAGGAGCAGGAAAGAAUGGAACAAGAGCUUGCCGAAAGGAUGGCACCGAAUGCGACCCGGGUGAACGAGGCCGAAGAGGUGUUGCUGUUGAAACGGUUGACCGAUCAGGUCAGUAUGUACCAGUUCGAUCGUGUUAAUCAUCGCUGGUGUCAGCUAGUGCUGCACGUGCCGCUGAAGCUGAAGGAAAUCGACUUUACCAAGCUGACGCGUGACGUGGCCAGCAAGUCGGUCAUAUGGGAAGUGGCGGGCAUCAAGCGUGCGAUCACGUACAUGCAGAACGAUCAGCUGUACCUGAAAACGGAGGGUACCAACAUGUCUGCGCUGACCGCACACGCCAAGGUGCUGGAUUUGAACCGGCUGUACACGAACGACAUUCAGGCGAUGGCAAAACGGUACGGCAUCGAGGCGGCAUCCCGUGUGCUCGUGAAGGAAAUACAGAACGUGUUCGGCGUGUACGGUAUUACGGUCGACCCGCGGCAUCUGCUGCUGGUGGCGGACUACAUGACGUCGAGCGGUAAGCUCCAGGCGAUGAACCGUAUUGCGAUGGAGUACUCCGCCUCACCUUUGCAGCAGAUUUCGUUCGAAUCGUCGAUGAAGUUCCUGAAGAGUGCGCUGUCGAAGGGUUUGCCGGACCGUUUGGAAUCGCCCUCCUCCCGGCUGAUGGUGGGACAACCGUGCCGGGUCGGUACGGGCGCCUUUACGCUGUACUCAUCCGCGCUGAAGGAUUAUGCGGAUGCGGUAAGCCACUGAAAAAAAAAACAAAUGCGGAUGUAGGGAAGUACUUUCGUGUGGUAUGUGGUGUAAGAUAAAUAUGUUACGCGGAACCACGGAAA